GCUUUUAACUGAAUCCAGCCCACCGCUUCUCGCACGUCGCCAUGGACGCGGUCGAUUCUGUGGUGGAUCCCCUCCGCGACUUCGCCAAGGACAGCGUCCGCCUCGUCAAGCGCUGCCACAAGCCUGACCGCAAGGAGUUCACCAAGGUGGCAGCGCGGACGGCGAUAGGGUUCGUCGUCAUGGGCUUCGUCGGCUUCUUCGUCAAGCUCAUCUUCAUUCCCAUCAACAACAUUAUCGUCGGUUCCGGCUAGGCUCAGGGCGCGACUAGCAUGGGAGUAGUGCGAUACUUUUGAGAGCAAGGGAUAGCGAGGAUCUUGGUCUUUGGAAUAGUAUUGUUAAUGACAUUUUUUUUCCGGUUGUGUUUCUGGAGUAAAUCGUUGAACGACAAGGCUUCAGGAUGUCUGGAUGUGGAUUCUGAGUAGACCUUGAAUCCUUGAUGAAGCAGCCAGUCUUGGAAAGAAAGUUCCA